CCUACAUACACCUACAUACAGCCGUGAUAUCCAUGGUUUACGACAACUUGUCCUGUCCUGUCAGCCGGUUUGCCUGCUCACCAUUCCAUAGUCACCGAACCUUGGAUAAUUAUUGUGGAUUUCCCUGUAUUUUACAACGAAAUAAGAAAAGCAAAAGGCGAAAUAAGCAAAAGAAACGGAUCAAUCUGAUGGAGACCCUUCCACGUACGGUAGCUGUGUAUCCGUUUUUGUCAAUGUACAUAACAAUAUUGCUAUUUAGUUUGCAAACGCACAGGUUAGGUAUGUAUACGAAGAUAGGGAUAGGGAUAAGGACAAGGACAUCAGUUGUCAGUACAGUAUUAGCCACCAAUAUUUCUUAUUCUACGUACGUAUGUAUAGGCAGCUUUAGUUUCCAUACGACGGCCAAUCAGCAAAGUCACAAGUUACCUAGGUAAUUAGUAAUAGUUAGUCUCCACGGGGUUGAGUUAAGACGUCCCACACAAUCUGUAUUCACCCUUAUUCUCGCAUUGCUUAGACCUUCAACUC